AUGUCAGCUGCAAUAAAAGUAGUCAUGCCUGAGACAUAUCAUGCAUUGUGUAGUUGGCAUAUGUGGCAGAAUGCUGAGAAACACUUGGGUCAUUUACUAAAAACUGAGCCUCAAUUUAACGCUGAUUUCUUAGCAUGUAUCUAUGAGUAUGACGGUGAAGAUGAGUUUCUUACAGCUUGGAAUGAAAUGCUAGAUAAGUACGAUGUUCGUGAAAAUAAAUGGCUAAUUGAUCUAUUUAAAUUGAAGGAAAAAUGGGCCCAAGCAUAUGUUAAGAGAACUUUCACUGCAGGAAUGAAGACAACCCAGCUUAGUGAGAGUUUCAAUGCUGACUUGAAGGAUUGCUUGCGUACUGAUCUCAAUAUGCGGGAUAAGGAGUUAGAAGCAGAAUACAACUCUAGACAGAAAUUUCCAAGAUUAAAGCUCAAAAGCUCUCCUAUGCUUAACCAAGUAGCAACGGUGUACACGCCUAAGUUGUUUGAUUUAUUUCAGACAGAAGUUGAAGAGGUAAUGGCACUUUCCAUCCUAGAACGCAAUGUGAGUCGAACACAUAGUUAUGUGGUUGGAGUUUUCAAUCAAAAUGGAAAAUAUGAGGUCAUGUGGAAUCCAUUAGAUGAGACUCUAUCUUGUAGUUGCAGAAAGUUUGAGUCAUUUGGUAUUUUAUGUAGGCAUGGUUUGAAAGUUCUUGAUGUAUUGGAUAUCAAGUUGAUUCCUAAUAGAUAUAUCAUGAAGAGGUGGAGAAGAGAUGCAAAAGAUGGAAGCGGAAAAAAUUGCACAACACAUAACAUUAACCCGGAUACUCGACUAGAAUAUGUAGAUCGGUUUCGAGAUUUAUGUCCAAAAUAUAUUCAAUUGGUGAAUGAGGCAUGUGAAACUAAAGAAGGCCAUAAUAUUCUAAGCUUAGCAAUUGCAGAUUUGAAAAAAAAACUUUGUGACCUUAGGAAUUGCAAAGCUAAUGUAGAAGAAGACAUCAUUAGGCCUUCCACUGAUUUUGCAAACAAAGAAGAUCAAUUAUGUGCUUCGAUUACGAUUGAAAUACUCGCUCAUGACGUCAUGGCACAAAAGCAAACUGAGGAUAUAUCUUCUGGAAAUAUUACUAGUUUUACACAACUUUUAAUGUCGGCUUCUACAAGUUCUACAGUACAUCAAGGAGGCUCAUCAGCAAGUGUUGCAUUAGCAUCACAUUUAGAGAGUACAUCAAGUGUUGUAGGCUCCAACGAAAAAAUUAAUGGUGCUGGAAAUCUCUUGACUCAAGGAAGUGUUGCAAGUGGAGGUCUCUAG